GUCGAGCUGUGCUUCGAGCGUGGUUUCACCUUCCUGAUUGGCCUUCGGCGACGGAGCACGUUGCUAGAGUAAUGCUGGCUGCCAGGACUCUUAGGUUUGUUGGCAAACGUGCCACAACCACAUUGAUUUGUGUACGUGGAGAACAUGGUGUUGCUAAGGUGGAGGACUACUCUGUGCCUACCAACUUUGACAGGCAGGAGAACCCUGUUGCUGAUAUCACGUAUCUACGGAACCUCAGUCCAGAACAGAAGUCCCUGAAGCAGAAGGAGAAGGGCUCCUGGGUUUUACUGUCUAAUGAGGAGAAGCUCGCAUUGUACCGCAUUAGCUUCAAGCAGAGCUAUGCUGAGAUGAACCAGGGAGCGUCACGCAGGAAAUCGGUGCUCACAUGGGGACUGAUCUUCAUUAGCUUCACUGCCCUGAUGAGUUUUUGGCAGAAGAAGGAUGACCCCGAACACAAAAAGCAAGAGCUGCAGAGCGUACUGGACGUGAGGAUCAAGGCAGACAAGGGCAUCUGAUCUCAGUGGGACUUUG